GUUCACAAGUACUAUAAGCUCCAUAUUUUGAAUCUACUAUACCCUUUUGUACUCAUGUACUGUUCCAUACAUAAAGAUGUACAUAUAUAUAUAUAUAUAUAUAUAUAUGUAUGUAUGUAUAGCCAUAUAGGUGUAUCUUCCUUAUGAGUCUUGGCCUCCACCCACCUCCACUGCCUAAAAAGAGAUGAACUUUUUUCUUGGAAGCCACUCUAGGAGCUCCUGAGUUGAAAUAAAUGCACAUUCUCAUGGACUUUCCUGUUGCAUCAUAUUCUUCUCAGCCAAGCCAUCUCUUGACCUUUUUAUUCUUUUGUUGCUCCUUCAUUUCUUUUUGAUAAGUCAUUGAUUUUGAAUCAAUUGUUUGAUUAUAUUUUAAUAGGCGAAAGUUGCAGGAUGUUACUUAGAGGUCAUUGAUUCAAUUCCUAAAAAUAUACUCUCCAAUCAUUAUGUAGAGUAUUGUCUCCAAGAAGCCACAGAAAGCUAGAGAGAGUGAUCAUUCAUGGCAGAAACUAAGCAGUAUUCGAUGGAGCACGAAUUGGGUUGUGGCUUUUUUGGCGGAAUUUUCCAGCGGCGGAUCGAGUGGCCGAAAAAGAAAACAUCCAUAUAUUCAUUGCCGUCCUCAGAUAGUUCUGAAAAGCCAGAGAAAAAUAGUUUCAAGAAGCCUCCACAAAAACCACACCCAAUGCACAACAGGAAACCUAGUGAAUUUCCUCCAAAACCCACAAUUUCAAAUCAGAAAACUCAAUCUAGAAGAAACUCUGAUGCUGCAAGAACCUCAACAUCAUCAUCUUCCAGUUCUGGUCAGUUAAAAGUGUUGAGAAGCAAAGAACUUACCAAGAUUGUGUCUACACAAACAAAUAGUGAAGGCAAAGCUCUUAUUCGAGCCACGUCGAGUAAUGUAAUGCUUUUAGGCCCAUUGGGUAAUAUAAGGCAGGCCGGGAACCGGAACUCUUUCUUAGGAAACAACAGUCCUAACGCCACCAUCAAGACUGUGGAUUACCUUUACAAGAAUCUUCAGCAAGUGAAAUCUCAACAAGGGAGUAGUCGAAUUGGUGGAAAUGGUGUAAUGGGGAACAUUGUGAGGCAAUCUAGUGGCGAGUUUCGACAGAGAAGAUUGGAUCCUGAGGUGUUGAAAUCGUUGGGAAAUGAGAAGUACAAGCUGGGUAGAUUUGAAGAGGCUUUAGAUUUGUAUGAUAAGGCAAUUGCCAUUGAUUCAAGCAAGGCAACCUAUAGAAGCAAUAGAAGUGCCGCUUUGAUUGGUUUAGGCCGCCUUCUGGAGGCUGCCAUGGAAUGCAAAGAAGCAAUAAGGCUCGAGCCUUCUUAUCAGCGAGCGCAUCGCCGCUUGGCAACACUUUAUCUCAGACUGGGAGAAGCCGAGAAAUCACUGCAUCAUUACGAACAAUCGGGUAGCGAUUUCGACCCUCAAGAGAUUGUUAAAGCUCAGGUUCUUCAAAAGCACCUAACUAAUUGUAUUCAUGCUCAGAAACUAAAAAAUUGGACUACUUUGCUAAAAGAGACUGAGUCUGCAAUUUCCUCCGGCGCAGAUUCAGCUCCAAAGAUAUAUGCUAUGCAAGCAGAGGCCUUGUUGAGGCUCCAGAGACAUGAAGAGGCCUAUGCUACCAAAGAGAGAGGACCAAAAUUUCCGAUUGAUUCCUGUACAAAAUUCUUUGGUCCUCUUAGCACUGCACUCCUAUUAACAAUUAAGGCACAGGUUUAUAUGUCUGCCGGCAGGUUUGAAGACGCGGUGAGAGCAGCUCAAGAAGCUGCUCGACUUGAUCCGAGGGAGGUGGUUGGUGUCCUAAAGAGUGCUAAAGCUGUGUCAUCAGCAAGAAUGAGUGGUAACUUGCUCUUCAAGGCAUCAAAAUUUUCAGAGGCUUGUGUUGUCUAUAGUCAAGGACUAGAACAUGAUGAACAGAACUCGGUUUUGCUAUGUAACCGGGCCGCUUGUCGGUCCAAGCUCAGGGAAUUCGAGAAGGCUGUGGAGGAUUGCACUGCAGCAAUUAAUCUCUGGCCUUCCUAUAGCAAGGCCAGGCUGAGGAGGGCUGAUUGCAAUGUUAAGUUAGAAAGAUAUGAAGCUGCAAUUCAAGAUUAUGAGGUGGUGUUGAGUGAAACUCUUACAAAUGAAGAUGUGGGCCGAGCUUUGUUUGAGGCCCAGCGUCAGCUGAAGAAACAACACGGAAGCCCAUUAAGGUCAUGACAUUGGGCUCAAACUUCAAAGUUUGGUAUUUAUUCAUAUCCAACAGUCAGCGUUUCACAAAGCAAGAAGUACGCCCAAUACUUGUAUAGUUGUAUGGGCCUGGGCCCUAGUCUCUACGUGAAUCGUUUCGCUGACACUGUCGCACUGAGAAUAAAGCUACUGGGGAAAAAUGGUAAGAGUUGUUCAAUGGUGGCGUUUUUAUUUUCUACAAUUUGAAAUAAUAUGCUCAAUAAAUUAUUGUGCACCUUUCGAAUU